ACAUUUGGGGAGGGUAUUGCCAUCGCAGGGUUACCUUUCCUCUUUUUGGGCGUCGUACUCCUCUUCCAGGUGAUGAUCGCAUUGUCAAGGAUACAGGCUGCCAAAAUAUUAGCGCGGAGGAACUUGUGUCUGACCUAGACAUGGAUGGAGGUCUGCGCUACUGGAGGGAAAGGACUUAGAACGGUGAUGAACUCGGUGAAGACGAUUUUCACUCUCCGAUUUGUCUCGUACUUUGUCGCGAAGCCUUUCCUACUGGAUGUUAGGGCUUUCAUUCACUAUAUUUGGCUACGCCUAUGACGGGACAUCAAACGUGUCAUCAGUAUUCAUGUUCACUGCCCAGAUCUGGAACUUAUGCAUAGCGCUGUUUAUAUUUGCUUGUUUCUUCACUUUCGUCGCACUGUGCCGACUGCACGGUUCCCAGUCGGCUGCAUACAGCCACGUCUGGACGCUCACCAAUCUCAUGGACGGGUGGUCGCCUGUGAUGCGGUGGGGACACAAGGAGGGCGGAAUCUCGUACUGUCAUGCUGGGAUGAGCGAUCACCCGCUCCCAGAUGUGAAGAUGGACUGCGUUCAUGCUGCCAAAUCUGUAUCUCUUGGCCUGUGCAAGUUUGAAACCUGCUGACAACAUUUUUUCUAUCAGAACACGCCUCGAAGAUUCGCUCAUGAAUGGUUUCGUCGUGGGCUCACUCUGACUGGUCUUAGCCAAGCAAUUACUGCAG